AUGGCGGACGCCCUAAAGGCCGAGGGCAACAAGGCCUUCGCUGCCAAAGACUUCAACCUCGCAGUUGAGAAGUUUUCACAAGCUAUUGAACUAGACCCUUCCAACCAUGUCCUCUAUUCCAACCGUUCCGGUGCAUACGCUUCCCUCAAGGAUUACCAACAUGCCCUGGAAGACGCAAACAAAACAACUGAGCUCAAGUCCGACUGGGCAAAGGGAUGGGGACGUAAGGGUGCUGCCCAGCAUGGACUCGGCGACCUCAUUGGUGCGAAGGACGCCUACGAAGAGGCAUUGAAGCUUGAGCCUACGAAUGCGCAGGCCAAGUCUGGUCUUGAAUCUGUCAACAGAGCCAUCGAGGCCGAGGCACGAGCCGACGGUGCUGAUAUGGGCGGACUAGGUGGUCUAGGAAACAUGUUUAAUGACCCUCAACUGCUUCAGAAACUCGCCAGCAAUCCCAAAACCGCUCCCUAUCUAGCCGAUCCUCAAUUCAUGAACAAAUUGCAGCGUCUCGCUAAGAAUCCUCAAGAGAUGGGCCAAGAGCUUGGUGACCCCAGAUUCCUACAGGUUAUGGGCGUCCUGCUCGGCGUUGACAUGCAGAUGGGUAUGCCACCGGAGGGGGCAUCCGGGGCGGCUAAUCCUACCGAAGCCGAAGAAGACGUUCCCAUGCCAGAUGCACGCCCUCAGUCGAAUCCCUCUCCGCAGCCGAAGAAGGAGCCCGAGCCUGAACCCGAGCCCGAGCCCGAGGACGAAGAUGCCAUCGCCGCAAAGAAGGCGAAAGAGGAGGCUGAGAACGAGAAAAAGCUGGGUACCGAGAGUUACAAGAAGAGAAAGUUCGACGAGGCCAUCUCCCAUUACAGCAGGGCCUGGGAGCUGCACAAGGACAUCACAUAUCUCACCAACCUUGGGGCUGCAAAGUUCGAGAAGGGUGACUACCAAGGCUGUAUCGAGGCAUGCGAAAAAGCCGUCGAAGAAGGUCGGCAAAUGCUCGCAGAUUUCAAGCUCAUCGCAAAGGCAUAUGGUCGCAUUGGUUCGGCUUACGAGAAGAUGGGUGACCUGCCGAAAGCCAUUGAGAACUAUCAGAAAUCCUUGACGGAGCACCGCACGCCAGACAUUCUAGCCAAAUUCAAGGCAGCUGAAAAGGCACAAAUUCUGGCCGAGAAGAACGCUUAUGUCGACCCAGAGAAGGCGGAAGAAGCCCGUCUGCUUGGUGCCGAGAAGUUCAAGAACGGUGACUGGCCAGGCGCAGUCGAAGCCUACACGGAACUGACCAAACGAGCGCCUGACGAUCCGCGAGGGUAUAGCAACCGUGCUGCUGCCCUCAUCAAGCUGCUGGCCUUCCCGACCGCCAUUCAAGAUUGCGACGAGGCCAUUAAACGAGAUCCCAAAUUCAUCAAGGCGUACCUGAGAAAAGCUCAGGCACUUUUCGGCAUGAAAGAGUACAACAAGUGCCUGGAUGUAUGUACCGAGGCCAUGGAGCAUGACGAGGGCGGCAAGAACGCUCGAGAAAUCGAGGCUCAACAACAGAAAGCUCUGGAGGCAAUGUAUGCUGCUCGUGCCGGUGAAACAGAAGAGGAGACGAGCGCGAGGAUUCAGCGAGACCCCGAAAUCAUGCAAAUUCUCUCUGAUCCGGUCAUGCAGUCAAUCUUGCAACAAGCCAAGGGCGACCCCAUGGCUCUGAACGAGCACAUGAAGAACCCUGGUGUACGUGGCAAGAUCCAGAAACUGAUCGCUGCCGGAGUCAUCCGAGUCGGACGAUAG